AUGGCCGAGGCGACACAAACGCUAUCACUCGUAGAUGAUGCGAUCCACGAACCCGGAGAUGAGAUGUGGAUGGGUCACUCUAUCAUUCCCCGCGAUGUUGCUUGUUGCGAGACGACCGUCAAUCUUCCUUCGUUUCCCAUCUCUAGUGCUGCAGACGGCGACAUCCGGAAGAGCGCCUUCGUAGUAAACGACUUGACCAAGCAUCCGGACCUCUCUACCAGGCCGUACGUCACUGGAUUUCCCAACGGCCGCUUCUACGCUGGUGUGCCCAUCACAACACCAUCAGGAGUUAACAUCGGUGCAUACUGCAUCCUCGACGACAAAGUCCGCGAUGGAAUCUCGGAGAAAGAUCUCAGCUUCUUGGGCGACAUGUCGCAAACUGUCGUAAACCACCUCGAGUCUGUGCGUGCUCUCUCAGAACGGCAACAAACCAAUCGCAUGGUGGCAGGUCUUGGAGAUUUUGUUCGAGGAACGUCAGGUGCCGCUCGCAAAGCGUCGCCCGCAACUAAUGUGCCUGUGAAGAACGGCGGCGUCGGAGUUCAUGAAGCUUGCUCAGUUCAGUAUCGCUCGCCCGAUGCCUUGUUGGACCCCACAAGUACUCCCGAUACGACGCCUUCACAGUCUGUAGGAGUGACCCUAUCCGCGCAGCAUGAAAACAGCUCAUCGACCGGCAACCCUCAGGUAUCUGAGAACCGCACUUUUCAUCAUCAUCAGCGAUCGAGCGACUACAACGGAGCUCCCCGUCUAACCGAUCGGAAACAUGCGUUGCUCGACCCACAUGUGCGGAGGGACACGGUAAAUACAUCGAAACAUGUUGCUUCCCCAGGAGAAAGCUUCACAAACCAUCCACAGCCUCGCCGACGUGAAGACGCUGACGACCCCAAGAGUACAUAUCAACGUGCUGCAGAAAUUCUUUGCCAAUCACUCGAACUAGACGGUGUCGCCUUCCUCGACGCCUCUGUUCGAGAAUUUGGUGGACUGAGCGAAUCACAAAAUGCGGAGUCCAAUGAGGGGAGUAACGCUGAUAGCGAUGAUUCGGCUGUCAUGUUUUCACAUUUGGACCCUACAAACGAGUCACGAACCGAACAUGCAACCGUCUGCCAGGUGCUAGGCUUUGCACAAACAACGCAAAACCAAACCAUGGGGACAAGACAUCCGACGGGCGAGCCCCCCACGAAACUAACAGAAUCGUUCUUACGCAGGCUCAUGCGUCGUAAUCCCCUUGGAAGAGUUUGGAAGUUUGAUGAAGACUUCAGAAUCUACUCCGAAGACGAUGUUUCUUCGGACGAGUCUGGGGCUGGUGUCAGUGCUGCGGGAGCACAAUCAUCAAGCAAUGAACAACGCAAAACCCAUCGUCAAGAUCGACGAAAUGAUGGAGAUAUCUUGCAGGGCGUAUUUCCCGGAUCACGUUGCAUAGCGCUCAAUGGGAUAUGGGACUACACCAAAAAACGGUGGGCGGUUGCGGGUCUCUACUGGACGUGUGACCCACUCAGAAAUAUCGCCAAAGACACGGAAAUGCAAUUCGUCGAUGCUUUCUGUGACAUCAUCGUUGCCGAAACCAAGCGUCUGGAUGUAUUGGGCACUGAUAAAGCCAAGUCAGACUUCAUCUCGACUAUAUCUCAUGAACUUCGCUCUCCACUACAUGGUAUAUUGGGUUCGUGCGAGUUACUAGCGGAACAGGCGUUGGACGAUGUAGCUACGUCCUUUGUCGAACAGAUAAACUCCUGCGGACGUACCUUGCUCGAUAUCAUCGAACAUCUUCUCGAUUUCGCAGAUCUCAAGAGCCGGCGUUUGAGGAAAGGUGCUGUGAAAAGCUCGAACAUCAGCCAGAAGCUUCUCCCACCAACCACGAGCUCUACUGCCGACGAUCUGAAAGCGCUAGACAUGAACAUAGCACUUGAUGACUUGACCGAGGACGCCGUUGUAUCCACCGUAUACUCCUUCUAUUACGGCCAAAAUGCGAAAGAUCACACUCAUCCCCCGGUCAUUCUCGACAUCGAUCGAUCUGACGGCAGGCCUUGGCAUUGCAGCUUAGCCACAGGCGGCUGGAAGCGCGUUUGCAUCAAUCUCGUCACCAAUGCACUCAAAUACACGCCUUCUGGACAUAUACGGGUCUUCCUAAAGCAAGAGCCGAAACUGGGAUCGCGGCGACGUUUUGACGCUGUGCUUACCGUUUCCGACACCGGAAAGGGCAUGUCGAAGAAGUUCCAGAGCGACCGUCUCUUCCAUGACUUUGCUCAGGAGGACACAUUGUCCGACGGUCUAGGCCUGGGUAUGCACAUAGUCUCAAGGAUAGUGUAUGCAAUGGGUGGUAGUAUCGAAGUCGUAAGCGAUCAAGAUGGGGCUGGUACCUGCUUCACUGUACGGGUGCCGCUCGAGGAUCACCCGAACAGCGAGCGUCACAUUGGGGCUUUGAAAGAAAGUAACGUCACCCCGAAGGCCUUCGAAAGCAUCAAGGUUGAUCUCGUCACGGGACUACAUCCAUCGGCCAACGUUGAAGUUAGUCCAUCGGAAACGGCUUCUGCUUUAGCCAUCUCCUCUAUCGAGAACAUCCUCACUUCACUUAGCAUACGGUCUGCGCGAUGUGGGUGGCAACGCAGCAAUUCACACGAUCUCAUGAUCGUUAUGGAAGCCGACGUCAGCGAAUGCCUUAAGACCCUCCGAAAGGAAGCAACUUCAGAUAACGGGGGUGGAAAGAGGAAGGACAACAUUGCGCCCAUCCUUGUCGUGUGCAACAACAGUCCGAGUGCACAGAUGCUUCGCGAUCAGUGGGCAACGGACAAGCUUCAACCUCAUUUGACGAUGGAGCAUAUCGCUCUGCCUUGUGGCGUGAAACAGGUGGCUCGAGCAAUGUCGUCUCUUUUGCGCCUGCACGAGAAGCGUACGAUGACAGUCUCAGAGCGGUCAAAAGCCCACGAAAAACUCAGCAAUGAUCUUCUGGCGAAUGAAGUUGCACAAAACGACGCUAAGACUGAUCAUCAACUCCAGAUACGACCUCUUGCCCCACGGUCGGCUGCAGCAAAGGUUCCUGGCAUAAGACAGUUCGGAGCUAACUCGGCGGAAAUACUGGCUGAGGUCGCAAACGUAGUCCCGGUACAACCGUCACCGGCAGAAGUCCAACUGGUACACCUGCCGAGUCACCGAGUCUUCGACCCUCAAGCGCUUUCCUUUUCACCAUCUGUCACGACGCGAAUGCCGGAACCCCCUCUGAUCAAAGUACCACUCGCUUCUGUAGUUGUGUCGGCUACGAAGAUGCCGACCUUGCUUCUUGUUGACGACAACAACGUCAAUCUUAAGCUUCUCGCUGCCUUUGCAAAGAAACACAAGUACCCUCAUCUUACUGCUCAGGACGGUCAAAUUGCUGUCGACGCAUUCGUGAACGCUCACCAAGAUGUUACAUCGCAACAAGACACUGGAGUGCACGCUAUCGGCAAGGGCGCAAUCGGCAUACCAAUCGUGAUCCUUAUGGACAUCAACAUGCCGGUUAUGGACGGUUAUGAGGCUGUUCAAAAGAUUCGAUCCUACGAGAAGAAGCAUCGUAUGGAGGCAUCGAAGAUCAUCGCAGUUACUGCGUUGCAGUCAGAGGCCGCACGGGCUGAAGCGUACGGUAGCGGCUUCAAUAUGUUUCUUAGCAAGCCGAUCAAAUUGCAAGAUCUAGCGAAGCUUAUUCCGCUUCUCUAA